AUGAAACGAUUUACCAUUCAUGACUCAAACUUGUCUUGUAAGCAUCUUCCUGUAGCUUUGGAAAUUGAUAAAGCUCCAGUCUAUUAUAUUGGCCCAGUAAGUCGGGAAAACCCAAUGUCAGAAAUCCGUACCAACUUAAUGGGUAAAGUCAUCUUUCUAGAUCGUAAAAUUAAAUGGAAUAGGGUGACACUUCAAUUUUUAGUUCCCAUUUACCAAGUUGAAAAAGAGCUCAUUUUUUCUGGUGAAGAAUUCACAGAAUUUGGUCUUCACUUACCUUUCCAUUUACCGCCCACUUGUACAGCAAGACAUUCAUUUCUGGAACUUUCUUCAAAAAAGUAUAGAACACAAAAGGUAGUGACAGUGAAGAGGCAUUAUUUACCUAACCCUAGUGUCAUCAUUCCUAUCACACAUUAUUCUGGGAUAAAAGAAUGGUUUGAAUGGUAUUGUACAAAGCAACAGGUUCAUAUUUUAUCGCCCAUCAUCACAAAAUUUUCACCUGCUAUCUAUCACCUGCCUUCAUUUUCAAAUCAUUCAGAAACGCAUUUUAUUAGGACGCCUAUACCUUCAAGUAAAAAUCCUAGCAUUCAUACACAUCAAUUUGAUCCAUUCUUGGAGAUAUCACAUCGAUUACAGUUGACAGUCGAUUUUAUUCAAAGCUCAAUAAAUCUUAUAUUUGAAUUUCCAAUCAUAAUCACAACUUUUCCUUCAGUUGUUGUAGAGAAUAUAUCUAUUAAUUCUUCAAACAUGAUGAAUGUAGCAGUAGAAGAGCCAGUUAUCAAUCAUACUGUUCUAAUGAUAGGUGAUGAUGCUAUAAAUAUUGAUUUAGAUUUACCCGAAUAUACUCCACGUUAUGAAGAAACAAGCAUAAUCAAUAUACGCUAA